GGUGUCGGCGGCUCGGCUGGCCCGGGCUGGGAGCGCGCGGCGAGGGCGCGGCGGGGGCGGGCGGGCGCCGCCAUUUUGCAGGAAGAGGGGCAUCCGGGACUGUUGGCGAGAGGAGAGCGGCGUCUGCCAUGGCCAAUGUGCUCUGUAACAGAGCAAGAUUGGUCACCUACCUCCCAGGGUUUUAUUCCUUAGUCAAAAGAGUUGUAAAUCCCAAGGCUUUUUCCACAGCAGGUUCCUCUGGCUCAGAUGAGCCUCAUGUGGCUGCUGCACCUCCUGAUUUAUGUCCCAGGACUGUGUGGCCAGAUGAGGUGAUGGGUCCCUUUGGACCUCAGGAUCAGAGAUUCCAGCUGCCUGGAAACAUUGGCUUCGACUGUCACCUCCAUGGCACCGAUUCCCAGAGGAAAACCCAAAUUUCCAAGAGUCUCCCUGAUAUUUUAGCAGAGCCUUCAGCAAGUGAAAGGCAUGAAUUUGUCAUGGCACAAUACAUCAAUGAGUUCCAGGGUGCUGAUGCUCCCCAGAAGCAGCAAAUAAAUAAUGCUGAAACCUACUUUGAAAAUGCCAAGGUGGAAUGUGCAGUCCAGGCUUGUCCUGAGCUCCUACGAAAAGACUUUGAAUCCAUGUUCCCAGAGGUGAGUCCCAACCGCCUGACUGUGUUAACUGUCACCCAGAAGACCAAAAAUGACAUGACUGUGUGGAGCCAAGAAGUGGAGGAUGAGAGAGAGAUGCUCUUAGAAAAUUUCAUUAAUGGUGCCAAGGAAAUUUGCUAUGCAAUUUCUUCUGAGGGCUACUGGGCUGAUUUCAUUGAUCCAUCCUCAGGACUGGCAUUUUUCGGGCCUUACACCAACAACACCCUGUUGGAGACGGACGAGCGUUACAGGCACUUGGGAUUUUCCGUGGACGACCUCGGCUGCUGCAAAGUCAUCCGGCACAACCUCUGGGGCAGCCACGUGGUGGUGGGGAGCAUCUUCACCAACGCCGAGCCCGACAGCCCCAUCAUGAGGAAACUCAGUGGCAAUUAAAGCCCUUGGCACCCUUUGACUUGAUGAUCCUCUCCGAGGAAAUGCCACGUUUUCGAGUGUUCUUAGGUAAUAAAGUAGCUGUUAUUUAUUUUCA